AUGCCGCUUGACAAAGGCCAAUUUGCAGAAUUCCUUAAACAGGAAUUUGGCCUAACUCGAAGGGGUGAAAGGCCAACUUAUAGAAAGCCCUAUCCAGAGUUCAUUGAUGAAGUUGAAUUUCCAAGGAAUUUCAGAAUUCCAGAGUUUGCAACGUUCAAUGGAGAGGGCAAACAGUCUACCUUGGAACAUAUCAGUCGGUUCACUGUUCAGCGUGGAGAAGCAGCAACCAAUCCAUGGCUGAAAUUCUAUAGAGCUGAGCUUGAAGUGUCCAUGACAGACCUUUCCAGACUUUAUCAACUACCUGGAGAGUCUGUGAUGAGCUUCCUUUUUAGAUUCAGGUGGGCCAAGUUCAAAUAUAAUUUGUCUUUGCCGCCAGAAGAAUAUGUGAAGAUGGCUAUGAACGGCCUAGAAUUUGAACUUCGCAACAAGUUUGAAGGUGUACAAUUCCAUGACUUGUUCGACUUGGCUGGCAAAAUGGCUAAGUAUGAAGAGCUCCUUCGUCAGGAGCAAGAUAGGAAGAACUCUUCCAAGGGCACCUACUAUCGUGAUCCUAACUAUGAGGUGUAUACCACUGAAACUGAAUGGGAGUUUGAAGUAAAUGUAGCUGAGCUCAACAUAAAGAAGGCCUAUACUUGUAAGGCCUUGACAAAACCAAAGUCAGCCACGGCCAACUUGCAGGCCGCCUUUGGUUCCAAGUGGAAGGGGGCAGACUCUUCCAAAAGUUACUCUUUUGACAUCUCUAAAGCCGAGCAAAUCUUUGAUUUGCUUAUGGCUGACAAGCAACUAAUUUUCACAGCGGGCCACAAGAUACCGUCGGCUUCAGAAAUGGCCGAGAAGGAGUAUUGCAAGUUCCACAAUUCAUGGAAGCAUUCCACUAAUAAUUGUGUUAUCUUCCGCAACAUUGUACAAAAGGCAAUCGAAGAUGGCCGUUUGAAGUUUCCAGAAAAAUCAGAAGUCAUGGGUGUUGAUGGAAAUCCUUUCCCCAAGGUUGUUGCAACAAAUGUUGCUUCCAUGGUUCCGGAGCAUUCCAAAAAGGAGGUGGACUUGGUAAAUCCAGCGACCAGUGGAAAGUUAGAAAUUCCAAAGGCGGCAACAUCUAUGGAGAAGACAGUAGCUGAGUUGGAGAGGCAACUCUGA